GAGAGAGUGGGAGAGAGAGCUGCGUCUCGCAAUCACAGCGCACCCGGACUCACAGCGAGUGAACACCCCUUCCUAACCCAGCCCCGAAACCCCAUCGCCUCCCUAUUUACCUUCUCUGCCUUAAUCCCCCUGCGGGGCGAUGCGCUGUACGCCUUGCUACUAGAGCGAUACCUCCAGCGGGACCCAGGAUCUGAUCGGCACCAUGGACACCUCCAGGACCAGACUGUUCGUGUGCUCGGUGCUGUGCAGCCUGCAGCUUGUUAGCGCGGCUAGACCGGGAAAGCAGCACCGGAGCUGCCCUGCCCCUUGCCAGUGCGAACAGGACGGUAUGUUGCUGAGAGUGGACUGCUCGGACCGCGGGCUCGCUGCCCUGCCGGCGAACAUCAGCAUCUUCACGUCUUACCUUGAUCUUAGUAUGAACAAUAUAACAAAGCUGCCAUCCAGUGCCCUGCACAACCUCCACUUCCUAGAAGAGCUACGUCUUGCAGGAAAUGACCUGACGUACAUCCCCAAGGGAGCUUUUGCUGGGCUCAGCAAUCUGAAAGUGCUAAUGCUGCAGAACAACCAGUUAAAACAGGUCCCGGCAGAAGCUCUUCAGAACCUCCGGAGCCUUCAGUCUCUGCGCCUGGACGCUAACCACAUCAGCUAUGUGCCACCUAACUGCUUCAGUGGCUUAUAUUCCCUCCGUCACCUGUGGCUGGAUGACAAUUCUUUGGCCGAAAUUCCUGUGAAGGCUCUUGAACAUUUGUCUGCAUUACAGGCUAUGACCUUGGCGUUGAACAAGAUUCACCAUAUACCAGAUCAUGCAUUCAGGAAUCUGUCAAGUCUGGUAGUUCUCCAUCUCCAUAACAAUAGGAUCUACUCCCUGGGAAAGAAAUGCUUUGACGGGCUCCACAGUCUGGAGACUUUAGACCUGAAUUACAACAAUCUGGUGGAGUUCCCGUCUGCCAUUAAAGCCCUGAAGAACCUUAAAGAACUGGGAUUUCAUAGCAAUGACAUAAGAAGUAUUCCCGAACAAGCAUUUAUUGGGAAUCCUUCACUCAUCACAAUUCACUUCUAUGACAAUCCAAUUCAGCUUGUUGGAAGAUCUGCUUUUCAGCAUUUGCCUGAGCUCCGAACAUUGAUACUGAAUGGUGCAUCCCAAAUCACUGAAUUUCCCGACCUGACGGGAACUACACACCUAGAGAGUCUAACUCUGACAGGAGCACAGCUUGUUCAUCUUCCCGACACAGUUUGCGACCAACUGCCCAACCUUCAAGUCCUAGACCUGUCUUACAAUCAUAUAAAGGAUUUGCCAAGCUUCUCAGGCUGCCAGCGACUUCAGAAAUUAGACCUGCGUCAUAAUGAAGUCCAUGAAAUUAGAUCCACCACCUUUCAGCAGCUGCUUGUCCUGCGAUCCCUAGACUUGGCUUGGAACAAAAUUUCCGUCAUCCAUCCUAAUUCAUUCUCAUCUUUACCUUCCCUUAUGAAACUGGAUCUUUCAUCUAAUCGCUUAACCUCAUUUCCGGUCACGGGACUGCAUGGGUUAACUCACUUGAAAUUAACAGGAAAUCCAUCACUCCAAAGACUUAUCCUGUUGGAAAAUUUUCCAAAACUCAGGGUCAUGGAAAUGCCAUAUGCCUAUCAGUGCUGUGCUUUCGGCGCUUGUGAAAGUCUAUUCAAACACUCAAACCUGUUGAACAAAGAUGACAACAGCACUGCGGAUGAAGCUUAUAGAAAGGACUCGGGGAUUUUUCAAGAUGAUCGUGAUUUUGAGGAUUUCCUUCUUGACUUUGAAGAGGAUAUGAAAGUUGUUCACUCAAUACAGUGCUCUCCAUCUCCAGGGCCCUUCAAACCCUGUGACUGCCUGUUUGGGAGUUGGCUCAUUCGAAUUGGGGUCUGGCUUAUUGUUUUCCUGGCCUUCAUUUGCAAUGCUUUGGUUAUUGCCACAGUCUUUCAAUCUCUGUCAUACAUGCCAUCCAUAAAGCUCUUGAUUGGUCUCAUAGCCAUUAUGAACACCUUGAUGGGUCUGUCCAGUGGUGUGCUGGCAUCCGUGGAUGCUUUGACAUUUGGCAGCUUUGCUGAAUACGGUGCCUGGUGGGAAAGUGGAGUAGGCUGUCAGAUAACAGGUUUCCUGUCUGUUUUUGCUGCUGAGACCUCCAUCUUCCUUCUCACAGUAGCUGCACUUGAGCGUGGAUUUUCUGUGAAAUGUACUAAGUUUGAAACCAAAUCCUCCUUUAUAAGUGUGAAGGUGUUCAUUGUCUUUUGCUUUAUUCUGUCCCUAGUGAUAGCAAUUUCCCCUUUGCUGAGUGGAAGUGCCUACGGAACUUCUCCAUUGUGUUUUCCUUUGUUGUUUGGGGAUCCCUCCUCUAUGGGCUUCAUGGUUGCUUUAGUUCUGCUAAACUCUCUCUGCUUCCUUGUGAUGACUAUUGCCUAUACUAAACUUUACUGCAGUCUAGAAAAGGGGGAGCCUGAAAAUGUUUGGGACUGUUCUAUGGUAAAGCAUAUAGCUCUUCUUCUCUUCACAAACUGCAUUUUGUACUGCCCUGUGGCUUUCUUGUCCUUUUCCUCCUUGUUAAACCUCACCUUCAUUAGCCCAGAGGUGAUUAAGUCAAUACUUCUACUGAUCAUCCCACUACCUGCAUGCUUAAACCCUCUCCUUUACAUACUAUUUAAUCCACAUUUCAAGGAAGACAUUGGUGGGUUAAAAAGUGCAGAGACAUUAUGGAGAGAAUCCAGACACACAAGCUUAGUGUCCAUCAAUUCUGAGGAUGCAGAAAAACAGUCAUGCGAUUCCACACAAGCUCUUGUAACAUUUACAAGUUCCAGCAUAUCAUAUGACUUACCAGCCAGUCCCUCCUCAUCCUAUCAAGUGACUGAAAAUUAUAAACUUUCAGCUGUGGCAUAUGUUCCUUGUCACUGAAACGAUGGAAGGAACCAAGAGACAACCGUGUCCUGAAUAUCAUUGAUAAGUACCAUGAAUAUAAUUGGUUCAAUACGAAGGAGAGAAUGGACAGUUUUCUAUCAUGAAUGCACCAGCAUCAUCGAUUUGCGAAUUUCAUCUAUUUGUAACAUGCUGCUCCUUUCCAGCUUGUAUAUUUGCCUUGUCAUAUCAUUUCGUUAAGGUACGGAAAACAUUGAUAAGUGUACAUUUUUGUCUUGGAUUACAAAAUGCGCCAUUCUGGAUUUUGCUUUUUCUGCUACUCAGUCCAUUAUAAGAUGAUGGCCUCAGGGGUUACCCUUUUCA